AUGGCAUCGAGGCAUCUCACCAUAGACGAGCUCAACCAGACGGCUCUCGAGCACUUUGUCUACCAGCCUGUCAACAAUGACAUGAUUGCUUUCCUGGCUCAUGCCGCCCAGAACGUCAUCUCAUGCGAUCCUACAACCUACUCUCGCUCCAAGAACCCCCCCACGCCCCCCAGGACACCAGAAGCCGAUGCCGAAGACCAGCUCGACAAGUCUCUUCCUUCUGUGGAAGACUUUAUCCGCCAGCUCGUCGUCUCAUCCAACGUCCAGGUUCCCACUCUCAUGGCCAGCCUCGUCUACCUCACCCGCCUCAAGGCUCGCCUGCAACCACAGGCGCGCGGCAUCCGAUGCACCACCCACCGCAUCUUCCUCGCCUCUCUUAUCUUGGCUGCCAAGUACCUGAACGACUCCUCGCCAAAGAACAAGCACUGGGCAAAGUACUCACACAUCUCCACCAAACACUACAACUUUGGCUUUGAUCGCACUGAAGUGAAUACCAUGGAGAAGCAGCUUCUCUUCCUUCUCGAGUGGGACCUGCGCAUCCACGAGGAGCACCUGUACGCCGAGCUCGACUACUUUUUGGAGCCUCUUCGUGAGAAGAUCCUGGACCGCCACCAGCGCAAGAUGCAGGAGCGCGAGGACAAACUGCGUCAAAACGAAAUGAGCUCUGCAGCCCGUCGCUACCCCAGUCCAGCGUCCUCAAGGGAGGGCUCCCGCUCCCGCUCCCGCCAUGCGGCAAGGGAGCACACUCGUGCCACCAGCAGUGGCUCAACCCCCGGCCUCAUCUACAGCAGCUCGGCGAGCUCAUACGCCUCGUCCAUCUCUAGCCGCCAGCAGUCGCGCGCGACCACGCCUCUGGACUACGCUGAGCCCGAUGCAUACGCCAUGAUGGCAGCCCAAGGAAGUCUCUGCGAGUCGCCAGUCCACGUUUACGCUGAGGAGCACAGCAAGCGCUACCGAAGCAACUCUGGUGGUCGUCUGCCCUACGAGAUUUCCGAGCAAGAGUACCAGCAACUGCAGGACGACGGCUCAUCCAAGAAGAGACAGAAGCGUGGUGUUCUUGGUCGCUGGUUCGGCGCCACAGCCGUGCGAUAG